AUGCCUAAAAAGUUAUCUUUCACCGUCAAAUUGUCUCUCUGGGCCGCUAUCACCUGGUUUGGGGCACGAAUUUAUGGAUUUCGGCUGGAGUCACUGGCGCCAUUUGCUGUAUGGAUUUGCGGAACUUGGUUAUCCUAUUUUAUUCUCAUUCUUGCUUGGAGGAUACUCGGUCGAAAGUGGUUCAGUCCGCUGAAGGAUUUACCUGGACCUAAGAGCGGGAAUAUUAUCUUCCAGAAUGCAUCCGCCAUCUUCGAUGAACCACUCGGAACUCAGAUCACCAAUUGGGUGAAUUCAAUUCCGAAUGAGGGCCUUCUCCAUUUUCAUGGCUUUAUGGGAACUGAAUACCUCGUGGCGACCAGCGUCGAGAGUCUAUCAGAUGUUCUUACUAAUAGGUCCUACCAGUUUCAAAAGACUAGUGGCCUUCGUAGGUACGCCGAGCGCUUUUUUGGUCGGGGCAUUGUGAUUCAAGAAGGGGACGAACAUAAGAAGAAUCGAAAGUCGUUUGUUCAAGUCUUCAAUCAGCGUCAAGUCGACAAGUUAAAGCCGAUCUUGUCCUCGAAAGCGACACAGAUUGUACAGCAUUUAUCCAAGAAAUGCGUUCGCGAUAAUGAGAAGACGGAAAAAUUGGCAACAAUCAGAGUUAACGAGUUUGCGAAAUUGAUCUCUUUCGAUGUGAUGGGUAUCAUCGCUCUUGGAAUGGACUUCAACAGCAUCCUCGACCAGAACCUCGAGAUCUUCGAUUUGUUUCAGACGCUAUUUGCGUCUGAUUCCUUGAAAAAGUCACACUUUAUGUGGCAUAACUGCGCGCCGCCUUGGCUAGUUACAAUGUUUCCCUCCGACAUAGACCGACAGAUGGAGUUUGCUCAUGAGCAGCUUCGCAAAAGCCUCCAGCAGAUGAUCCCAGAAAAGCUCGCAUCUCUGAAAUCAACCGACUUAUCUGAGGAAGAUAUCUUGACCCAGAUUGCCUGCUCUGGCUCAUUCACACACGAAGAGAUUAUUCCCCAAAUCGUGACUACGCUUGCCGCUGGGUACGAGAGCACGGCUAGCUCAUUAUCUUGGACCCUUUGUUGCCUUGCAGAUAGUCCAGAGACUCAGGUCAAUUUACGGCAAGAACUUCUCGAAGCGAAAGGAGCCAAAGACGCAUUGGAUGAGGAGGAUUAUGAGAGACUACCCUUGCUCAAUGGAGUAUGCAACGAAGCGUCUCGCCUCUACCCUACAUUCGCUAUGACAUUACGCAAGGCUAUAUGUGAUACCUACAUCAGUGGGCGACUCGUUCCUGCCGGCACCUAUAUCGCCAUUGUUCCGAGGGCCAUCAACCGAGCGCAUCAUUUAUGGGGCCCUGAUGCGGAACAAUUCGUUCCAGAAAGAUGGAUUGACCGAUCCAAACCGGAAGCGCCUAAAUUCAACGCAACUGGAGGGGCUUCGUCCCCCAUUUGUAUGCUGUCCUUCCUUUACGGACCAAGAAGCUGCGUUGGACGAUCUUUAGCACUAGCAGAGAUUAGAAGGGUGACGGCUCGCAUAGUUGAGAGCUUCCACAUUCAAAAGUCCGGUACCAGCAUUCCUCAACCGACCGGUUGGCUCUCUUCGGGGCCACCGCCAGACUUGGAUCUUCUGUUCUCUCUGGUGGAGUGA